AUGACUUCCCGAAGCACAUCCUUCUCGCACAGCCCGCACCGGCCCCCGCGCCCUUCCAUCAGCUCGAGGAUCUCCUUUGCCGUCUCGACCGCCGAACAGAGCGAGCACGAUGACGAGGCCGCCGGCGCCCCGCCCGCGAGUCAUCAGCAGCAGCAGAUCGAGGACGAGAUCGCCGAGAUCAAGCGCUACGAGGACUUCACCACCAUAGACUGGGUACAAGAUGCCGCCAGGGAGCAGGCGCGCAAGAAGCUGCGUCGAAGGCGGCGCGCCGGCAUGCUCGACACAGGUCAGGCGGCGGGCUGGAGGUAUCGUCUGCGAGAGUCCUACGACGCUGCGCAGGGCUGGCUCGUCGUCACGCUGAUUGGUAUCGCCAUUGGACUCAACGCUGCGUUCCUGAACAUCAUUACGGAGUGGUUGUCCGAUAUAAAAAUGGGGCACUGCACAACGGCGUUCUACCUGAACGAGAACUUUUGCUGCUGGGGAGAGGACAAUGGAUGCGACGAGUGGCACCCCUGGACGGGGUUUGGCCCAGCCAACUACGUUAUCUACAUUGUCGUUGGCGCCCUCUUCGCCUUCACGUCGGCCACUCUGGUCAAGUCGUUUGCACCGUACGCCGCGGGAUCGGGUAUCUCGGAGAUCAAGUGCAUCAUUGCGGGCUUCGUCAUGAAGGGAUUCUUGGGAUUCUGGACGCUCUUGAUCAAGUCCGUCUGUCUGCCCCUGGCCAUCGCCUCUGGUCUGUCCGUCGGCAAGGAGGGUCCCAGUGUACACUACGCCGUGUGUACCGGAAACGUCAUUUCUCGCUUAUUCGAGAAGUACCGACGCAACGCCUCCAAAACGAGAGAGAUACUGAGCGCCUGCGCCGCUGCUGGUGUCGCCGUCGCGUUCGGUAGUCCAAUUGGCGGAGUGCUUUUCUCUCUGGAAGAGAUGUCUAACUACUUUCCCCUCAAGACGUUGUGGCGCAGCUACUUCUGCGCUCUUGUGGCGACGGCUGUGCUUGCGGCCAUGAACCCCUUCAGGACGGGACAGCUCGUCAUGUUCCAGGUCCACUACGAUCGUUCGUGGCACUUCUUCGAGGUUGUCUUUUACAUCAUCUUGGGCAUCUUUGGCGGUCUAUACGGCGCCUUUGUGAUGAAGUGGAAUCUGCGGGCUCAGGCAUUCAGGAAGAAGUACCUGUCAAAGUACGCCAUCGCGGAGGCAACGAUUCUCGCGGCCGGCACUGCCAUCAUCUGCUAUCCCAACGUCUUUUUGAGGAUUGACAUGACCGAGAGCAUGGAAAUCCUGUUCCUCGAAUGCGAAGGAGCUGAGGACUACCACGGCCUCUGCGAACCAGACAAGAGACUGUCCAAUAUCUUGUCACUGGCUCUGGCUACGAUCCUCAGAAUCCUGCUGGUCAUCAUCUCGUACGGCUGCAAAGUCCCAGCUGGUAUCUUCGUUCCGUCCAUGGCCAUCGGGGCUUCAUUUGGGCGGACAGUGGGUAUUAUUGUUCAGGCCAUUCACGAAGCCAAUCCUACGAGUGCUUUCUUCGCAGCCUGCAAGCCGGACGAGCCAUGUAUCACACCCGGCACGUACGCAUUCCUUGGCGCUGCUGCCGCGCUGAGUGGUAUCAUGCACAUUACCGUAUCCGUCGUUGUCAUCAUGUUUGAGCUCACCGGCGCCUUGACGUACAUUCUACCCACCAUGAUCGUGGUGGGUGUGACCAAGAUCGUCAGCGAAACGUUCGGCAAGGGCGGCAUUGCGGACAGGAUGAUCUGGUUCAGCGGGUUCCCCUUCUUAGACAACAAGGAAGAGCACAACUUUGGCGUCCCCGUCUCGGAAGUGAUGCGAAAGGAGCUUACAUCUUUGCCCGUGAGCGGCAUGGAAUUCUCCGAGCUUGAGAAGCUUCUUAAGGAGGACAAGUACCAGGGCUUCCCCAUCGUCGAGGACACAACUUCAAAGAUCCUCGUCGGCUACAUCGGCCGCACCGAGCUGCGCUACGCCAUUGACCGCGUACGGCGAGAGAGACCCAUCAACCCGGAGGCCCGAUGCACCUUCUCGCCUCCGCCGGCGUCACUCAACGCAACUACUCCACUUACGCCGACUGUGACGGUCAACCUGGACCCGAUGUCGACCAUGUCGGUUGACUUCAGUCGCUACAUCGAUACCACGCCCGUCACAGCGCACCCGCGCCUACCACUUGAGACCGUCAUGGAACUGUUCCGUAAAAUCGGCCCACGAGUCGUGCUCGUCGAGUACCACGGCCGCCUGUCGGGUCUGGUGACGGUCAAGGACUGCCUCAAGUACCAAUUCACAGCCGAGCACGCUGAGAAUCCGCGCGAUGACUCUGCCUUUGCGGAGAGCCAGGAGAGGUUGUGGAGUGCGAUGCGGCGUGCGGCUGGGUGGGUUUCUGACAAGGUGACAACGGCUUCCGGCGGGAGAAUCCAACUUUCGUCGUUUGAAGAGCGACGAGGUAUGGGCGGUGGAAGCAGAGGUGGUGGUGGUAACAACGGCAGCGGAAGCGGUGGGGGAAGGCCGGCUGGGGCGCAGAUAUUAGACGGCGACGAGGACGACGUCGAUGACGGCGCUUUGGAGCUCGAGAACCGGUAA